AUGUCUUCGGAUGGAUUCAAUCGACGUGAAAGAGUUGUCAAUAGAAAUGGCGACACAAAUGAGGAGAACGUGUCUCGAGUGGUGUCUCAAGAAGUGUCGCCCGAAAGCACACAAAACCAGAGUAUUGUGAAGCGAGUGAUGAGUCUAAUGACACUCUCGAUGACUAUUCUUGUGAUGGUUUACUACACGACUCAAUGCAAUGACACCAAAGAGCUAGUGAUGGCUUCGGCCACACAAUCCAUAAGGGGUUCACCGUUAGGACGACAAGUCAUGUGUUCUCAAGACUAUACCGAAGACAGAGUUCGGUUCCCUUCGUGUGCGCCUCAAAGAUGCGGUCGUUUUGUGUCCGAUUCGGUGGUCACGCAAUCGGAAGCCAAACACCUGUUGUCAGUCGCGAAGAGAGGCCUAUCAUUGGGCGGCUCUUCGGGUCCCAUCUCAGCCCUCGACUUACAUACGGGCGUCCUUUCGAUGGCCACUAAUUUCGUGAAUAUCUAUGAACUCAUGGAAAGGACACAAAGAAAGGAAGAGGACCUCAAAGAGCUGUUCACCGAAAAAGAUCUAAAAGUCUACAGACGGGUGACGAACAGAAUCCGCAAAACGAUUGCAAUUCACUUCGGCGUCCCAUCGGCUGAGCUGUACUUAUCGGUCGGUCCGACGAUUUUCGCGAGACAUACGACGAAGAGACCCAAAACCAAAGAGGACGUGUAUUGGGGCCGACACGUCGAUAAACGGUUAAACAAGUGUUUUCAGUUCACUUCUGUGCUCUAUUUGGCGACAUAUGGCUCGGACUUCACGGGCGAACGCUUCGCAUUCAUGGACCAGAUGUCGAACACAACAAUUGAGCCUAAAUUGGGACGACUGUCGGCGUAUACGUCCGGCUCAGAGAACUGGCACUUCGUCGAGAGGGUCACCUCUGGGACCCGAUAUACGUUGCUUAUGGCCUUCACCUGUGACCCAAAGUUGGCCAAAAAAUACCCACAGAUUAUUAGACCGCAGACAUGCGCUCAACCACUUUGUUGGUUGUAUAGAGUAGGCUGUCCAACCUUGAAUAUACUUAAACCCAAACAAAUAAAAUUAUUACAUAAUUUAGACUAA